CUGUACCUACAAAUCUAAGGGCACCAUUGUGGAGCAUGUUCAAAUCAUAGAGAAAUCACCUGGAGGGGGCAACAUUAAAUGGAAAUGCGACUACUGUGGUCAUGAAUCUUUGAGUAGCUACUCUAGAGUUUCUGCUCAUUUGCUAAAGAAGACAGGGAACCAUGGAAUCCAUGCAUGUAAAAAGAUCACGGUUGACAUUCUGAAUCCCUUUAUUUGAAAAAUCAAUAAAUAGUAAAAUGUAUCCGUAUUAAAAUGCAUUCGAGGUUCAUGGUCAUGGACACUUGGAGCAGCUGGUCGCCGGAAAGGCGCCGCUCCGCGGUUCGGUGGCCGUCGGAGCACGCGGUGCUCGCGAGAGUGACGGUGGGGGAUGCCAGUGCCUUCCACUGCGGCGUCUGCAGCCUCCCUCUGGAGCCGCCAAUCUUCCAGUGCGCUCUGGGGCUGGCGGUGUGCUCGGCGUGCCGCGGCCCAGGCUACCGCCGGUGCCGCGCCGGAGAACAUCCUGGGCACCGUCCGCGUGUCGUGCCCCCACGCCGCUCACGGCUGCGGCGCCAUGCUGGCCUACUACGACCUGCACCAGCACCGAAUGACGUGCGCCAACGCGCCGUGCGCGCGCUGCCCUUUGGGCACAUGCUGUUUCGUCGGCCCAAUGGCAGAGCUCCUGGACCACUUCAUCACCCUGCACGAGCUGCCGCUGACCGCCGAGGACCGCGCCGGGAAGAGCUUCGGCAUCGACCUCCUUGACGGCUUCAACGUCGUCUCCACGACGGUCCGCGACGGCGCCGACCAGCACUUGCUCCUGCUAAACGUUGUGCGCCAGCCGUUUGGUCGCGGGAUCGCCGCGGUCUGCGUGCGGCCUCCGCCCGCUGCCACCGCGUCGUCGUCGUCGUCCUCGGCAGCGGCCGCGUCCAAGACGGUGGUACUCGAGCUCCGCUACUCGGUCAAUCGCCAUUACCAAGAAUCUGCAUUCGAUGUGCCUUUCGCGGAUCUCGCCGAUGGGUUCCUGGAAGACGACGAGUCGGCCCAGUUCAUCGUGCCCAAGUCUGUUCAUCCGGACGACCAGGCUACUAUGCUCCUCAUGGCCUUCAUUUCCAUCAAAUAGAUCAGUCAUCAGCCGACUAUCUUAUCUUAUUCUUAUCUCAUCUGAUUUAUCGUGGAGGCUUGAUGAGUAGUAGUAUCAGUUAGUCCAUAGGCGCAUUUCCGCUUGAGCUAGCACCAUUAUAUUUUUUUUCCAAAAAAAAUGGAUACAUUUCCAUCAAAUAGACUGGUCAUCAAUCGACAUGUUAUCUUAUCUUGUCUGAUUUAUUAUGAAAGCUUAAGGAGCAGUAUCAGUUACUCUUUCUGUCCCAUAAUAUAAGAA